UGUUCCUUGAGGAAUUGGGGUGGUGACGUCUUUUCUGAUACCGAUUAUUACGUGACUGCAACAACAACAAUAAAAAAAAGUCAUUGGCAAAUAAAAAUCCGAACGCCACAUCAACAGAGAAACAAAACAAGCCAGACACCCGGCAAGGCAACAAGGCAGAGAGAUUGAGAGAAAGAGAGGGAGAGACCCCCUGUUUACAAGAGAGAGCUGGGAGCAGAAAGCAAAGAGGGUGCAAAAGAUCUGGUAGCUAAGGUGGGAGCCGGGGCUGUCAGCAUCCAGCAGCCAAAGCUGGUCAGCUUGGAAGGCACAGAAGGAGGAAGAAAGGAGAAGAAAGGAGGAGGUAGUGAAGCAAAAGGAGACAAAUCGACGCUGAAGCCAGGAGCUGCUCAGGGAAGGGGGAAAGAACCGCUCUGUACCAUUUGCUAUAACGCAGCCGGUUCCCACUUUCUCCCUUUCUGUUUCCCUCUUCCUUCCUGCAAGGAUUCCCCCUUCUUCCUCUCCUCACCCUCUCUCUCUCCCCUUGUCUCUUGCCUGCCUGGCAGACUCCACUUUACACCUGCAACUUUUAAAAAAUUUGAGCUGAGCAACCCCCCCCCCCCAAGCUAGGCAGCUAACAAGUCGAUCUGCUUGUCUGUCCCACGCCCCCUCCCUUUCUGCGGUUUCCCUCUUUGCCCAUCAGAGGAAGAAAGCAAGAGACACACAGAGGGAAACCGAGAGAGAGGCGAUGCUUCAGGAGGAUUAACUAUCCCCACCAAAACUUCCUGGAAGGAAGAGAGCGAGAGGAGGAGGAGAACAACAACAAGAAGAAGGGAGAAAUCCUCCUUGAUUCAGAUCCAGUCUUGCGCCUGGUUUCCAGAGUUGAAUGAGUGGCAAUGUGUAACAAAGCGCUUCUCGCCCUGCUGGUCUAUGGGAUAAUCAUGCACUGCAGCGUCUACUGCUCGCCGGCUGCUGGACUCCAAUACCCCGCGCUGAGCAGGCUGGAAGAUGAAGCGUACGACGAAGACGGCAACACCCUGCCCGACUACGCCUUCGACAGCGAGCCCCUCGGGAUAGCCGACCCUUCCUCCAUGCUGGACGACGUGUACACCUUGUAUUACCCACCGGAAAAGAGGCAUGCGGAUGGGAUCUUUAAUAAAGCCUACAGGAAAGUCUUGGGCCAGUUAUCGGCGAGGAAGUACCUUCAUUCUCUGAUGGCCAAGCGGGUGGGCGGAGCGAGCGGCCUGGAGGAUGACUCGGAACCGCUUUCCAAAAGGCACUCGGACGGCAUAUUCACAGACAGCUACAGCCGCUACCGAAAACAAAUGGCUGUCAAGAAAUACUUGGCAGCAGUCCUGGGGAAAAGGCCAUGUGACGCAGGAUGCCGUUUGCAGCUUUUCGUGCCUUCCCUUCGCCUUUUAAAUCGCCACGAGUUCACAGAUGGCUAUUUAGUGGCCCUACAAUGCUGCAACACAUCAGCUUGCAUUUCUUUCUUUUCGCUUUCCCCCCCUUUCCCUUUCCUUCUUUUGGUGUUAAGUCUCCAAGCCUCGCGAGUUGUUCCUUUGACGAGGACAACGGGCAGGACCUCUUGCUGUGUGUUUGUGUCCCAUGUUUGGUGCGAUGACGCGACGGCGACCUCUAGGGGCUCCCUUUUGACGUGCUAGCCGUGCUCAGCUUCGCCUUGCUAGUCCAGUGGGCUAGUCAGUUUCAGUCAGUCUGCCAGCGUAACGUUUCUCCACACAGCCCGUGGUCGCCUGUCUAGGAUAGCUAUCCUGUGUCGCCAAGAGCCUUAAAUCCCAUGGAUCCAAUUGGAAAUCCAGUGAUCACUGAGGUUAGAUGUCAGUAUUUUGGAGAUAUCUAUCUAUAUCUAUAUAUUUUUUCUUCCUUCUGUGUAGCAACUUGAGUAUCAAAAAAGCACUACAGCAAAAAGUAAAACACCCGUGGUUUCCAUCAAUAGGACUUUGAGAACUGUUAUUUCAAAGUGUGUAAAGUUUGUAUUAAUAAAUUUUUGUAAACAAUGCCAUUUCGUCUAAUGUUUGGGGGAGACAGUGCAAAUGGAUUUCCACCAGGAAAUAACCUCUUAAAUUAUGAUUCUGAUUAUUUUAUUUUUAAUGAAAUCUAUAACAUUUUAUUUUAACCUGUAGGGUUUUUUCUUCCCCCCACCUUUCUUAUUUGAUGCUUCUACAAUAUAAUCAAGUAGGAAAUUAUUGGAACUGCAACUUCAGACACAAUCGAGAGAAGGAACCAAAAGCAAAAGCCACCCCAGCCAACUCAUUCAAAAUAAUCAGGUUUUUUUGAAAAAAGAAAUAAAGCUUUACUUUCUCCUACUUAUUAUAGGGAUCCUCCAAUCACUUUGAGAGCCAGCUCUUAUGUACACUCCUAUGAAUUUGUUGCAGCUGCUCUUGAAGCAAUGGUUUAAGUCUCUCAGCUAUCUGACUUUAGAGCAGGAAUGGGGAACCUGUGGCUUGCCAGAUGCUGUUGGACUGGUCCUGGCCCAUCAGCCCCACCCAGCGUGGUCAGGAAUGAUGGAAACUGUAGUCCAGCAACAUCUGGAGGGGCACAGUUUAGCCACACCUGCUUUAGAAAGUCAAGUCGAACAGAUGUGGGGCAACUAUCCGAAGAACGUUACCAUCCAUGUUUAAAUGUUGUUGAAAUUAAUAGGAUGUGCAGUGUGAUCCUACACACUUUCUCAGAGGAAACCUCAAGGGGACUUUCUUCGGAGUAAACGGGAUCAUGCUGUUCCGCUCUUCACUGGGCCCUCUUGUACAACUGAAUUCUGUAGGAAUUAGGCACGGGUAUUUCUGGAUUGUGUUCAAGAGCUGCACUUUUGAAACCAGGCUUACUAACUGGGGAGUAAAUCUCAUUAAAAACGUGAUGGGAUUUAUUUUGGAGUAAACACAGACUGUCUCCUGGAGGUGAAUCCGUGAUCAGGCCUGCAGCUCUAUUCCAUGCAUGUUUUCUGUGAAAUAAACCCCAGCAAAUUCAGCA